AUGGCUGCUACUGCUCAAGACAGCACAGCUCCCCUGAACGUCCCAGGGGAGAAGAAGGACGAGGACGAGUAUGAGACCGAGUACUCCCCCUUUUAUGGAAUCGAAAAAGGAGCUGUGCUGCAGGAGGCUCGCAUCUUCCAUGACCCAAACCUGGACCCCAGGCGAUGCAGCCAGGUCAUCACGAAGCUGCUGUACCUGCUGAACCAGGGGGAGACCUUCACCAAGAAAGAGGCGAGCGAGGUGUUCUUCGCAGCCACGAAGCUGUUCCAGGCGAAGGACCCCCACCUGCGGCGCAUGGUGUACCUGUGCAUCAAGGACAUCUGCCCCGGCAGCGACGAGGUGCGCGGACAUUAG